CAUGGUAAGUUGACUGUGGCAAGUUAGGCGUGGCGAGUUGGCUGUGACGAGUUGUCCUAUUGCGCUUCCUAUUGUCAGGGUCCCUUUUGGAGAUAAUUAGCUUUUUGUAUACUAGAAGUAUCUUCACCAAUGUGUCUCCUUUAAGUGUGCUAUAUAAAUAAUGCACCAAUAAAGUGAAUUCUUUUUGUCCUGGCACUUUUGUUACUUAAGUAGGACUUCUGAUAAAUAAUGGAAAACAUUAUUUUUUUCUUCUGUAUAUCUAAUGUUGUUCCUUCCUUGUGUUAUAAUACGACAGAACAACCAUGCUUUAAGUACACACUGUACACACUUUAAAAGGAAAACAUAAGCAGGAUGUGUAUUUUCUUUAUCUCAUUUCUCCUAGGACGAUUUUGCAUAAGCUUCCAUUUCUUAUCUUUUUAAUAGUAUAGUUAACAUGAAAGAGUUAUUCUCUGCCUACAACUAGCAAUGCUAGGUAAAAACCUUGUUUUUAUGAAUACCUGCAAAAUGAUUGAUCUUCAAUAUUCUUCUCCUAUCUGUAAAAUUCCUGCUUGCAUUCCUCGGGGUUUUUGUUUGGUUUUAUUUUAUUUGAGCCAGCUUGAGGCUUGAUCUGAAUUCUAUUGUAAAUGAUUGCAUUGUAUUCUGUAGGAAUGGACUAUCGGAUCAAAAACCUGAUUUUGGAUAGCAAAUGCUUUGCUUUACGUCUGUGGGACACAGCUGGGCAAGAAAGAUAUCACAGUAUCACCAAGCAGUUUUUCCGAAAGGCUGAUGGAGUUGUUUUGAUGUAUGACAUCACCUCAGAAUACAGUUUUACAGAUGUGCAGUACUGGUUGAACUGUGUCCAGGAAGGAGCUGGAGGUGAAGUUGUCAUCCUUCUGCUUGGUAACAAAACGGACUGUAGUGUGGAAAGGAGGGUAUCUGUAGAGAAUGGAACAUACUUGGCCAAGGUGUGUGGACUUCCAUUUUAUGAAUGCAGUGCUGCUUCAGGUUACAAUGUCACAGAAUCCAUAGUACAAUUAGUCAGGUUGAUGAAAACUCAGGAAGACCAAUUAAAAAAGAAGGCUCUAGACUUGCCAGUGCAACUUGAAAAUAAGAGAAGUUGUUGUUUAUAAAGUGGAAAAGACUAAUAACCAUUGAUCCUUGUGUCCACUGCCUGAUUAUCUAUAUUGUUUGCCCUCUUCAAUCUGGACUGAAUCCAACUUGUAUAGUUUAAGAUGUUUUGCCACUCAGAUGAAAAUUGAGGAUGGUCAUCACUUUACAGAUUUCAGACUUUGAGUUACUCUGGAUCCCCAACCUAUUCUUCCACUACAGAUUCUCAAACUGUUCUCCAUUGGAAAUUUGCCAAACAAUUAUGAAACCAACUCUGUUUCUCCUGCAUUUAACCAUCUAAUUCAAUAGAUCUGGCUUAGGAUUUGGGAUUUCUAUAAUAAUGCUACAGGUCACUUACAUUGCUCAUUAAAAUAUAUUUGUUAAAGAGACUAUUAUCUGUGUUCUGCUGUAGGAAUUGACAUGUUCAUUAAAGAAACUGUAUUGAAAACAGUGCCAGUGCUGGGGUGGGGGAAAUGUUUAUUUCAUAUGAGUUAUGCAAAUGUUUUGGAUUGUGUAACAAGAACAACAACAAUUAUUGGUUUUUGAAAAAAUAAUGGAAGAAGUAUUGCACUUUGAGAUUGGAUAAGGGAACCACCUAUAAUUCUUCACAUAGCCACAAUAUUUCACAUUUUUUUUUGCUGUGUUGUAUCCCACCCAUCUCCAUUUAUAUUUAUCUGUUUCUGUUCACCUGGAGCAGUGAUGGUGAACCUCUUCGGCACUGAGUGCUGAAAAGGGAGCACUUCACGUGCACUCGUCUGGGACACGACCAGGAAGAGGAGCUGUCCAGGGGGCAUUCUCAUGCUGGAAAAUUAACUUCCAGUUUCCAGCAUGCAUAUACGCACCGGCCAGCAAGUCUUCUGGUUACUGGCACACA